AUGGAAAGUGAAGAUGACUUGGACAUUCUGACUGCUCUUUUGGAGGAGAGUGAAGGUGUUGAGGAGCAGCAGCACCAGCAGGACCAGGAUCAGGGCCAGGCCGAUGAUCUGGACAAUCUGUUUGAUGAGGAAAAUGAUGGAGAGGAAUACAAGGAAGAUGCAGAGGAGACAAAAGACCAACUUUCUGAGCUGUUCGGAGACGUGGAGGACGUGGAGGACGUGGAGCAGGAGGAAAACAAGUCCAAAGAGGAUUUACAAGAUGAGCUGAAGAGGAUGCAAGAAGAGAUGCAGAAACUACAGCAGAAACUUGCAAUGAGCCAGAAGGCCUCAUCCAAACCUCCUGUUUCUCCAAAAACUCCAUUACAACAGAAAACUUUAAAACCAAACUCAUCCAAACCAGAUCAAUUGCAGAAAGAGAAAAUGACCAGAAAUACACCCUCUUUACUGAAAAAGGUGCAAGAGUCCUCCGACUUCUCUGAGCAGCUCAAUAAUGCAGAUUCCUUCAAACGGAAACCAAGAGUAGCUCACCAACCCAGUACAUCACCAGAGGGCAGAUGUCCACUAGUAGAGAUUAAGUUGGGAAGUUCUUUUCUCCCCGUGGAAACGACUGCCUCCAAUCCUCUGCGCUCUUCUUCGUUCAACACCAGAGCAGAACCUGGGCCAAGUUUAGGCACCUUUGUGGGUGCGAACAGACCCUCUGCUCUCCCAGUUCUGCCUCAAGAUGUAGCUAUAGAAAAAUACUCUGGUCUCAGACUAAGAAAGCCUCGUGUAUCCUCAACUGAAAUGGAUCGUAGGAUGACGGAUCGACGUUUAAUCCGAUUGUCCCAGGUCCCUGAACGUUUAGCUCGUGAGAAAUUAGAGGACAGUGACUGGGUGACCUUUGCCGUAGUGGUCAGUAAGGCCACACCACAGAGCAGCAGUAGCGGUAAAACUUUCAGUGUCUGGAAGCUGAAUGAUCUUCACAACAUGGAGGUGUUUGUGUCGCUUCUGUUGUUUGGUGAAGUUCAUAAAGAACAUUGGAAAACGGAAACGGGCAGCGUGAUUGGCCUUCUGAACCCAAACCCCAUGAAACAGAAGGAUGGAUAUGACGGGGUGAGUCUGACAGUAGACCACCCUCAGAAAGUGCUGCUGUUGGGUGAAGCUCAAGACUUUGGGACGUGUAAAGGAGUGAAGAAGAAUGGAGAACCCUGCUCACAGAUUGUCAAUAUCUAUGAAUGCCAGUUUUGUCAGUAUCACGUCAAAGCCCAGUACAAGAAGAUGAGCUCAAAGAGGGCGGAGCUGCAGUCGUCGUACUCGGGAAAAGCUCCAAACAAACUCAAAGGAAAAGGAGUAAAUCUGAGAGAGAAACUGUGUCAGAACGGAUUUUACUACGGGGGAGUGUCGUCUGCAGCCUGCGCCGCCUCAAUUGGAGCAUCCAAACCGAACAAAUCGGGGCAGACUACUCUGGACAAACUUUUUAUUAGAGGAUCAGCGCAACAUGUGGCUCAGGCUAAAAGACUUGCCCUGCAGUCUGGGAAUGUUUCUGGAUGCUCUGAUGAGUUCAAAGGUCUGAUGUCUGCACCCACUCCUGGAGCCCUGCAGCUGAAGAAACAUUUAACUCAUAACCAGACAGCAGUGAAAAACACAGAGGGUGUUCCAGUCCAAUCCAUUUCCGCUUCAGAUCUUCUAAAACAGCAGAAGCAAAAGCAGCGCGACCUCCUCACUGCCCGCAGACAACGAAACGCCCUCUUGUCUCCAAAAGGGGCCUCAGAGGUCCCCAAGUGUGUUCAGGGUCCAGCUCUACCCUCCACGUCCUCCACGUCCUCCGCUCCUACCCUGGGACGGGGCUUCUCCGAGGGGGACGACAUCCUCUUCUUUGACAACGGCCCCCUCUCACCCCCAACCCUGACCAGCCCGAGCCUGUCCGCUGCUAAACUUUCCGCCCUGAAGAAGCUGAGGGCCAAAGGGACAGGACUGGAAAAGGAAGAUCCAAAUGCAGUGAAGAGGAAAAGAAGCAGCAGCAAUGACAUCAAUGUACGAGUGGAGAAUAACCGCUCAUCGCCAAAAAGUGGGUCGAGUAAUGAGGAAGAGUCCGCUCAGAAAAAAAGAAAAACGCAGCAGGAAUACAUCGAGUCAGAGGAAUUCCAGAAGAUUCUCAAAGCCAAAUCCAGGCACAAUGCUGUACUGCAGGCUGCCGAGUACCAGCUGCAGGAACGCUACUUUGAUGCUCUGGUGAAGAAGGAGCAGAUGGAGGACAAAAUGAAGGGCAUCAGAGAAAUGAAGUGUCGAGCUGUCACGUGUAAAAACUGUAAAUACACAUACUUUAAGCCGGCGGAUCGCUGCGUGGGGGAGAACCAUGCUCUGAAAUGGCAUGAUGCAGUCAAACGCUUUUUCAAAUGCCCCUGUGGUCAGAGGUCCAUCGCUCUGGACAGGCUGCCCAACAAGCACUGCAGCAACUGUGGCCUCUUCAAAUGGGAGCGCGAUGGGAUGUUCAAGGAGAAAUCGGGUCCUAAAAUUGGCGGAGAGCUACUUUUACCUCGAGGAGAAGAACAUGGCAAGUUCCUCAACAGCAAGUGA